AUGGCGACGCCCGCGUCGCGCGCGAGCGCCGUGGCGCCAACGAUGCCGUACGACGACUUCGCGCGCGCCCUGCGCGCGUCGUCGUCGCGCGACGCGACGACGGCGAACGCCGAAGACGACGCCCAGCGCGCGGCGGCGUCGAAAUCGCGCCUCGCGCGCGCGCGCGGGCUCGCCGACGACGCCGAAGCGUACGGCGCGUACGUCAGUCUCAUGCGAAGCGGUCUGUGGCGCGACGUCGCGCCCAGGCGCGCCAACGGCGCGGCGGAAGGCGCGGCGGUGUUGCUGUGCGAACCGCUGGACCCGCCGCGCGAGCGUCGCGCGGGCGAACCGCGACCGACGAGGCGGCGCACGAUCGCGGUACCGUUCGCGGUGAGUCGAGGAUGCUUCACGCCCGCGCUCCUGGACGAGGUGACGAGGAUGGGACGGCGGGACGCCGAGCCGUGGCCGUGGGCGGCGAGCGACGGGGACGCGGACGCGGACGCGUCGCGUCGCGCGCCGAAACCCGUCGACAUCGAGCGCGGCGACGCGGACGAGUACCCCAAACUGCUCGUCAUGAUCGACAGCGACGGCACCACCACCACGGUGCGCGCGACGAGCGGAUUCAUGCGUCCCGCGGACGUGCCCGAGAAAACCGGCGACGGCGACGACUCGGACGCCGACGCCGACGGUUUCGACGACCGCCCCUCGUCCGCGCCGGCGCUCGCGUCGAACGCUCGCGCAUCGGCAACGUCAAGCGCCAAGCCGCCGAGCUAUUCCGACGGCGAUUCCGACAGCGAACCGAUGCUCGAGGACGAGCUCGCGCCGACGCUCGCCGAGCGUCACGCGCGUCCCGAUCCCGACGUCCACGCCGCGUGA